AUGACAUCUACUAAUCUUUUAAAUCGACAAAUCAUUGGAAACUAUAGAAGAAACAGAAUCUCUCUAAACUCAAUCAUUCCUCAUUCUGAUCAAACCAUACCAGAAACCAACGAUCAAUCAAUCAUUCCAACCUCUCCUAAACGAAAACUAAAUUCACCAAUCCAACCAUCAAAACAAACCAGCACUACCAACCCAACUCAAACCGCAACAACCUCACAUCAACCCACCAAAAGAACCAAACAAUCAUCAACCUCAAGACCAUCAACCAACACCACAUCUCUCAUCAAACCCAUCACCUCAAAUGUAACUUUAUCAGACUUAGGAGGCAUCGAUUCAACGGUCGAAAAGAUUCUAGAAUUAAUCGCUCUUCCAAUCUUACAUCCUGAAAUAUUUGAAUUUGCUGGUCUUAAACCGAUCCGUGGGCUUUUGUUAUGUGGUCCUCCAGGCUGUGGGAAAACUAUGUUGGCAAGUGCGAUUUCUAAUCAACUGGGUAUCACCCUUAUAAACGUUUCGAGUACUAGUAUCGUGAGUGGUAUGAGUGGUGAGAGUGAGAAAGCUAUUCGUGAUAUCUUUGAUCAAGCUACAAAACAAGCUCCUUGUCUUCUUUUUAUAGAUGAGAUUGAUGCGAUCACUCCUAAAAGAGAAACUGCUCAAAGAGAAAUGGAACGUAGGAUAGUAGCUCAACUUUUGACUUGUUUAGAUGAUCUUUCAUUAGAAAAAACAGAUGGAAAACCUGUGAUUGUGAUUGGUGCAACUAAUCGUCCGGAUAGCCUGGAUCCAGCUUUACGUCGUGGUGGUCGAUUUGAUCAUGAGAUCUUGAUGGGUGUACCAGACGAACGUGCUCGUGAACAAAUCCUUCGAGUCUUAUGUGAAAAGUUAAAAUUAGUGGAAGCAUUUGAUUUUAAGAAACUUGCACGUGCUACGCCUGGAUAUGUUGGAGCUGAUCUGACUGCUUUAACGGCUUCUGCUGGGGUGAUAGCUAUUAAACGAAUCUUUGAAACUUCAAUGGAUACAGAAGACACAGUGAUGAUAGAUGAACAAGAAGCUCUAGAUGGAGAUGUGAUUCCUGAGACCGAAGGUAUUCAGAUCGAACCAACACCACAAAAUCCAGCGCCAUCUAGCUCAUCAGAUCCAUUUGGAAACUUACCUGAAAACCUCUUAUCAUUACCUAUCAUCAAUUUCCUAAGGAAAAACCCACAAAAACUUACACCCGAUCAAUUAGAACGAAUCCGAAUCAGUCAAACCGAUUUCCAUCAAGCCUUAAAAGACUUCCAACCUUCUUGUAAACGUGAAGGAUUCUCUACUAUACCUGAUACUACUUGGUCUCAAAUCGGUGCUAUGAAAUCAGUACGAGACGAAUUGAAUAUUUCGAUUAUACAACCGAUUAGGUUUCCUGAGAUGUUUGAGAAAUUAGGAAUCGCUUCUUCUUUUGGGAUCUUACUCUGGGGUCCUCCGGGUUGUGGUAAAACUUUAUUGGCUAAAGCUGUGGCUAAUGAAAGUCAAGCGAACUUUAUUUCUGUCAAAGGUCCUGAACUCUUGAAUAAGUAUGUGGGUGAAAGUGAAAAAGCAGUCCGUCAAGUUUUUGUUCGAGCAAGGGCGUCUGCUCCAUGCAUCAUAUUCUUUGAUGAGCUGGAUGCUUUGGUUCCUCGUCGCGAUGACAGUCUGUCAGAAAGUUCAUCCAGAGUAGUCAACACACUCUUAACAGAGCUCGAUGGUCUAGAAUCCCGAAAACAAAUCUUUGUGAUCGGAGCAACUAACCGACCAGACGUCAUGGAUCCAGCGAUGGUAAGACCAGGAAGAUUAGACAAGAUGAUUUUUGUAGAUUUACCAGACCCGAUCGAAAGAUGGGAAAUCUUUAGUACUUUAUCCCAUCAUUUAAGAAUCCAAGAAAUCGACCAAAUCAAAGUCUUGGUCAAAGAAAAGUGUAAUGGAUAUAGUGGAGCAGAUGUAGGAGCAUUAAUUAGGGAAGCUUCUUUGAUCGGAUUAAGACAACGGAUUAAUUCAAAUUCUAGUGUGUCUAAUAAUGAUGAUGAUCAACCUAUCAUUCUUGGAUUACAAGACUUUAAUGAAGCAUUGAAGAAAGUUAGAGCAAGUGUUUCGAUUGGUCAACAGAAAAGGUAUCGGGCUAUGCAUCAAAGGUUUAAUGGAGUGCCUGCUGGGAUUAAAGGACAAGAUGAGGAUCUUUCGACUGUUCAGUCUGUUUCUCAUCAACCAAAUCAUGGGGUGGCUAUGUGUUGAGAAAUCAUCAUUCUUAAAAUAGAUUCAUUUGGAGCAUGUACUACAUCACUUGUCGGAUCAAGAACAUUAUACCAAACAUGAUGAAUUGAUCAAUCCAAAUACCAACUUAAGAACCGCCGCAUUUUCAUUUCCUUUUUGACGUUUUCUUGUUUUAAUUUAAAAAAAGUAUCAUAUACCUUACAAAACCUUUGAUUGUUUCUGAAAUCAAUGAUAUAUUUCAGUG